UUGCCAUCAUACAAUUUCCAGGUGUUGAUGUCAAAAUGGCUGUUGUCAGUCAGACAAAGGCAAGUCAGUUCGUUUCUGAUUGAAAAUUGAAAUCAGUCAAAAGGGCCGGGCAAAACUGUAAAAUUGAUGGUGGUCGUACGGUACAGUAGAAAAGGAUUCGUCCGACUUCGUUGUCUGGGUGCAGCUGUUAUAUGAUCUGAUGCACUGAGGCCGUGACAAGAUUCGAGAAAAAAGGAUGUCUCACUACACGGAUGAGCCUCGCUUCACCAUUGAGCAGAUCGACCUGCUCCAGCGGCUGCGGCGCACGGGCAUGACGCGUGCUGAGAUCCUACACGCGCUCGACACGCUGGAGCGGCUGGACCGUGAGCAUAGCGACAAGUUCGGCCGACGCCCCCCCUUACCGCCCCCGGCCAUGGCACCCCCGGCCUCCGCCGCCAUCGGCACCAACAACGCCACCUCCACGGCCGCCAACAGCAGCGCCAACAGCAACGACAUCAUGGCCGCCCCGGGAUCCCUUCCCUCCACCACCUCCAUCGCCACGCAGACACAGUACCACACCGCCCUCUCCCCAUCACCAAGCAACAGCUACGUCCCAUCCCCGCCCCCUGCCCCAGGCCCACCCCCGUCAGCCGCACUCCUGCCCUCCCCUGUCUCGCUGGUCGCCAUGGCGCAGAACGGGCGCGACAAUCUGGCGGCCACGCCCAACGGCAAGCUCUCACCACCGCGGUACCCUGUGAACAGCGCCCGCGCUUUUCCCUUCGAGGGAGGAGAGGAGGACAUGGACGUAGACGACAAGGUGGAGGAGCUAAUGAGGCGGGACAGCAGCAUGGUGAAGGAGGAGAUCAAGGCCUUCCUGGCCAACCGCCGCAUCUCUCAGGCCGUGGUGGCCCAGGUCACAGGCAUCAGUCAGAGCCGUAUCUCACACUGGCUGCUGCAGCAGGGCUCAGACCUGAGUGAACAGAAGAAGAGGGCCUUCUACCGCUGGUACCAGCUAGAGAAGACCACCCCAGGUGCCACUCUGAACAUGCGGCCCGCCCCCAUGUCCCUGGAUGAGAUAGAGUGGCGGCAGACCCCGCCCCCCCUGAGCACGGCGGUGGGGAGCUUCCGUCUGCGCAGAGGCAGCCGCUUCACGUGGAGGAAGGAGUGCCUUGCCGUCAUGGAGAGUUACUUCAAUGAGAACCAGUACCCAGAUGAAGCCAAGAGAGAGGAGAUCGCUAACGCCUGCAACGCCGUCAUCCAGAAGCCAGCAGGAAAGAAGUUGUCUGACCUGGAGAGAGUCACCUCCCUCAAAGUCUACAACUGGUUUGCCAACCGCCGCAAGGAGAUCAAGCGGCGUGCCAACAUUGAAGCCACAAUCCUGGAGAGCCAUGGCAUCGACGUCCAGAGCCCUGGUGGCCACUCCAACAGUGACGACAUAGACGGCAACGAUUACGCUGAGCAGUUGUCGUUGCAGGGUUGUGACGUCCCCUACUUUGAGAAGAGGACCAUGACGCGGCCGUUCGGCUUCUACCGGCUGGAGCCCACCUCUCCCACACAGGACGACGCUGCAGGUCACAACGACCACCAAGACCCCAUCUCGCUGGCAGUGGAGAUGGCGGCUGUCAAUCACACCAUCCUGGCUCUGUCCCGACCCGGAACGGUUGGAGUCCCCAGUGACAUCAAGACCGAGGCACUGGAGGAUGAGUGAGCUGGACGCAAUAUCACAGGGGAGGGGAUGAUGAAAGUCUGCGUUUGAAACUGUCUGUGUGUGUGUGCGUACGCGUGCACAGAUCUAUGUGUGUGAGUGUGUGUGGUGGACACCUAUUGCAAUGACCAAACCAAUGCUUAAGCCCCACCCCCUCCCCACUUAUA